AGCCCCGCCCUUCCUAUACAAUGUCCGUCUGUUUUUAAACGAUCGAACCUCAAAGCGAAAGUUAAAAGGCUUUAUUUUUGAAGACUGCUGUCAACAUUGGCAAAUAAUAUAUCGAACGACAACAUCCUAGUAGCAUUCAGAUAUGACACCUAAGCGUGGCCUUAUAACUGACACCUUCAAGGUUGUAAAGAAGGAAAGGAGAGGGGGCAAGAGAGACAAGUCUCCUUCACCGCCAAUAGCAGAGCCUGAGCCCCCACAACUGAGUGAAAGAGAAAAAGAUCUACAAGAACUGAAGAAGUUUGAUCUGGACUGGAAAUUCGGACCAUGCACAGGGAUCAGUCGACUGCAGAGAUGGGAGAGGGCAGCACUGCAUGGGCUGAAUCCCCCGCAGGAGAUUAAAGACAUUUUACUGAAGGAGAGCACUGACCCAGAGUACACACAGAGUCUUUGGCGUGACUAUCCCCUUUGAAAAACUGAUGGAGAAAAGACAGAAAGAUGAGAAAAGAAGAAAUACUUUUGUAGUGUUUGCUAUGUUCUACCAUGUUUGCUUUGUUGUUUAUUACACUACAUUUUAUUAAACAUUUUAUACUCAAAAGUUA